AUGAACUAGUUCAGGGGCUUGCAGCAGUUACACAAUCAGGACAAAUCUUCAGCCUCUAACUGGUCUGCCCCAGUGCCCGAGCAGCAACACGCAGGCAGCGUGCAGUUGUGCAGGUGUGUCUUUCUUUUCUGCCUCUUCUUACAGCAUGGUGUUGAGGACACAGCAGCAGAAUGCGAAAGGCUGGGAGCCACUGUUCAAGCCUUCGUGGUGGACUGCAGCAAAAGGGAGGAAAUCUACAGCGCUGCAGAGAAGGUGAAAAAGGACAUUGGGGAUGUCUCCAUCCUGGUGAAUAACGCUGGUGUGAUUACAGCUGCCGACCUGCUCUCGACUCAGGACCACCAGAUUGAAAGAAUGUUUGACGUCAACAUUCUUGCUCACAUGUGG